AUGCGGCGUCAAAGUCUUUCUCGAUGGGGGCUUGCGUACCGUAGCUUUCUGCUAGCUACCGCUCUCGCAGCUGCAGCCAGUCAACCCUGCGAGGCUACCUCGGUAGAGGGCGAUAAUACUCUCCUCAGCAAACGUGGUCUCGAGGAAAUCCUGAGCAACGCGCAAAAAUUCGGCCACGGCACGCUCGGCAGCGAUGGUUCUCACUCUGCUCAUCUUUCUGGCGCUCAGCUACAAGAUUUUGGGCGGCCUCAGAGCGGCUCAGACCGAAUACCCUCCAGCUGGCCCCUGCAGCGCGACUCGAAUUCGCUGCUCCGCUCUUACUUGACGGAUCCUCACCAAGGCACGCCAUUCCAUCAUCCCUUGACCUCUAUGGGACAUCGGGCUAGCGAUGCGGUACCGGUUCGCGACGCUCCUGAGGUAUAUGAGGCGCUUCCAGACCAUGAGCCCCAAGCCGCUUCUCGAGCCGAUCGACAAGCUACUUCUCAGAUCGCCUCUCCGUACGUCUCGCAUCCGCACAGUGCAAAUGACGGUGGUGCAGGCCCGUCGGCCAAAGCACCUUCCCAUGCAGGCCUCACGUCUGACGGAUCUUGGCAGCCGCCGGGUGGUUGGGGCAGUGUGCGCCCAAGGAAAGACUGGGAUCAGCUCACCGAAUUUGGCAAAGUCUUUCGAAUCAGGCGUUUCAGACACGCUGAAGCCGGAAUACGUCGCGUACGCCUUGACAGACCAAGAAACAGUGCCUGGGCCUACGAUAAACACGGUGCUCCACGACCCAAACGUGACGAUGAGCUAGGGCCCUACGCGCGUUGGCGCCGCCAAAAUCCCGACAAGGUAGCCGCAUCAGUCGCAAGAAGUCUUGAGCGAGCCAAGGAGAAUGUAGUUCGCGCUCAACAAGGACUACCACCCCUCCCCCCGGGCAAGAGAGGUCGCCGACUUUCAGACAAACCACUGAGUAGGUCGGGCACGUAUAGGCGCGCACAGGCAGGACGAGCACUACCAAAUCACCCGGAUCAAAUGCCAGCUCCAGAUGUAGGCAGGACCGCAAGAGCGAGAGAGCAGAGAUUGAGAGAAGAAGAGGAAAUCCGAGCUCAAGAGAGCUCCGACGGCUCCAAGAGCCCUCCUUCAUCGACAGCGCACCCGCAUAUUGAACGACGCUCACUCUCCGGAUGGCAGCUUUCAAAGCGUGUUCCACCGGUAUCUGAGCUCGCGCACCUCUUGGACUCAGGGGCGCCUCAGGCACUGCACGCCGCAGAGCGGUCGAGUCCUGCUCAUGAGGCCGGCCUUUCCAGUCAUAUUCAAAGCAGCGGUGCUCCCCGAAAGGUCUUAGACUUUGAUCUCAAUGAGGUAGGUCUUCUGGUGCGAUGUGCGGUCUUAGCAGCACUGACACCCUCCCCUUCACCUCUGGACGUCCAGCUGCCUGUCGAGGCUACUCAUGCUCCAUCUUCUCCCUUACCAUUUAGCCCUCAGAGACCCUCACUCUCUUCACCAAGCGCAUCAACCUCGCGCGUUCUGACGACCAAGGAGGUCCCUCAGCAGCCAAAAGAGACCAUUGGCGGUAGCUACCGCGGGCAUCUUGGAGUCAGUAUUGCUUCGUGCGGUCUUGUCGUCUCGAUGCACACUCACGGAACUCCCUUUUCCCCAACAUCUACAGACUCCGAUGGGCUACAAGCACAAGCCCUUUGAUCAGCUGAGCAAAGCGCAACAAUGGAACCGAUUAAACCCCGAAAAAGCGAUGGAGACGCGCAAAAGAUGGGCUGCAAGGCGAAAAGGAAAUCCCCCAGCCCCUAAGACUGCUCGACCCAUUGACCCUCGGCCGUUCGAGAGCCUUCCGGCAUCAACGCAAUACAAUCGUCUGCAUCCAGAAAAGAAUGUGCAGUACAAGCGAAGGCGAAUGCUGAAGCAGAAGAUCCUUGCCAUGGAGGAAUCUGGCAGUGCAAAUGCCGAAGCACUGGCUGAAGCUCGUACAGCUCUAGCGUCGGAGCGAUAUCUACCAAAAGGCGUGAGUUUAGAGCGCAAGCUGUCGUUCGGAUGCGAGCGACAAACGGUUAAGAAUACAGAGGCCACGUCACGCUGACGAUCUGUCUUUUGUAGCGCCCUGUUGGAAGUAAGAGUGUGAACGUCAAACCGUUUGAAGAAUUAAGCGUUUCUGGUCAGUACAAACGGCUUCAUCCGCAGAGGACAGAAAUGUAUCAGGCUCGCAAGCGCAUCGAUAGACCGCUGCCUGAUGGCAGUAAGGUCAAGCCGUAUGAAGAGCUCACAGCAUCCGGCAAGUAUAAUCGGGACAACCCUCUCAAGAGCGCCAUGUAUAGGCAGACUCGACGCGCCAAGUUUCUUGCCACCCACACGCCUUUGCCGCCUGGACCCAGACCAGGGAGCAAAAGAGUGGCACGGCCGAGCUCCUCCACCACCGUCUUGGAGCAGCGAGCCUAUGAAGAGGAUCAUUUGGGCGAUUUCUUCGAGCACGGCUACCACCAUCUGGUUGGUGGGCCAUCCUCGCCGUUCGCAAAGACGCACGAAGUACUUGACUUUUUCGACCCUCCACGAGCAACGGCAUCCGAUAGUGCGCACGCAUCUCAACCCGCUGAUCCUUCUUCGCACGAGCCGGUGCGUGCGGACUGGACAGAUUCCGAUUUCGCAUCACGGCAACUACUUCUCGUUUUGCUGAUGCUGUCGGCGCCUAUCGCUCUUGCAGCCAUCUUCGCAUUCCGAGGAGCAGCGAAGCCGCAUGCACGAUGAUCAUCACGAAAGUGAUCACAUUGCGCAACCUCAAACACUAGAAAGUCCUACAACUGGAGCAGAGUCGAGUUUAACAUCUCCAGCUCGAGAGCGAAACCACUCGUAUGGCGGCAGGCCUCGCGGACGACCUCGAAAACUCAGAAGUAUGCCAGAAAACGAUGAAGCCAAGACAAGGCGUUUGGAGCGCAAAUAUGCCCACCCAUUCGAGCCCAGGCCCUUGGAGAAGGUUACGGACGACACCUUGAAUUCUUCGUAUCAGCGACGUUACCGCGGUGGUAAGAAGCUGGAUACGGUACUGCAAGAAAUCGAAUUUCUGAAAAAGGAUCCCGAACGGCACGAGCGCCUGCUCAAGAACGCACACACAAGAGCUCAGCACUUCUUCAGCCAGACUCAUGGUCCGGUUGGAAAGCGGUGGGAGGUUCCUUAUCGAGCAGUUGGCAUGACGCCACAAGCCCUCAUGAACUUGGGAAAAGAGGGCCGUUUCUAUCAUAUCAGAAGGCUCAGACAGGCCGCAGCAGAAGCAGACAAGCAUGCAAAAUAUCUCGCUGAGCACCCACUAGCCACAGAUGAGGUCAAGAAAAUGGCCAAAGAAAGGGCAGAGUCCAUGGCAGGCUUGGCGGAACACACCUACAAAUCGCCGCCAAGCCCAUGGACCGCGGGCCACUCGAAGUCGGUUCCCUUGUUACCAAAGGCAACAGCGGAAGCCUUGGCUACCUGGAGCCAAAGUGUUCGCCGUCCUUCUAAUGGGUCGAAGGAUGCGGCAAGCUCCUCUGCGCCCCCCUCGCCCUCCGGAUCGAGUGCUGAGUGA